UAUGCAGCCGGGUUUAGGAGAACUGAAGACCAACGAAUUAUAAAUUGUUAAACUUUAAAUGGAGUAAGUGGAAUUUCAACAAGCCGUAUAUUCACUUUGAGUUCUUAUUUAGCUGGUAAACAUAUUGUUGUUAAUAAUUGCAGCUGUUAUUUUCUAGGUUUAGUUCACUGAAUGGGAUCUCAGUACAUCGUCUUUACUUUUGGAUUAUAUGUUAUGCUAUAAUCUGAAGUAAUGGCUGUGCAAAUGCCCUUUGGUGGAUUUCUGUUUAUGCACAGACUGAUGAGAACGUGCACAUCCAGUCAAAGACAUCUCAGACACGGAGAGAUGCUAGUAAAUCUCACUAUAACUAGACAAGAGAUAAGAACAUUUUCAACUGGUUCUGUGAGGUGUAACAACAAUGAGAGAGAGGAUUCAGACUCUUCACAGCUGAGCACCAAGCUGACAUCCAAACAAGCACUGAUGGCCAGGAGGAGGAGACCCUUGUCCCCUCUGGAGAGGAUAAGCGGUCUGCUGCCCCAGGAUGCCCUGAGUCCAGAGGUGAUGCAGCUGAGAGAGCAGAACCAGCAGGAAGCUGAAGGAGGUACCGACACCCAGGGAUCAGUCACACACCGCACACAACAGGAAAGUGGACAUACUGACACACUCGCAGCAGAUGAGACAACACCUAAAGGGAAGGAAUCCGAUAACCAUCAUGCAUCUGAUGUAGCCAUGGUACCAAACACUUCAGAGAGGCGGACAUCAGCCACUCUCCCAGGGGACAGCUUGAUUGUGUUUGGGGAGCUGCUCAUCGCUGAGUAUUAUAAGAAAGGACAAGUUGAGUUCAGGAAGAUGUUCAAGCCUCAGAAAGGGACUCGUCUGCACAGCAGCUGGGGGUUUAUCCUGCAUGACAACAUAGUCGGGCUGCCCGCAGGUCAGUUCCUGAAGACAAGCAUGGGGCUUCCCAUUCUCAUACGGCGGGCCAGCCUGGAGGAUUAUGUGCUGUAUAUGAGGAGGGCGCCCGCCAUCGCCUACCCAAAGGAUGCAACCACCAUGCUGAUGAUGAUGGACGUCACAGAGGGAGACCGUGUCCUCGAGUCAGGCUCCGGAUCAGGGGCCAUGUCUUUGUUCCUGUCCAGAGCAGUUGGGUCUAAGGGCAGCGUGCUGAGUGUGGAGGUCAGGGAGGACCACCUCAGGAGAGCCAUGUUGAACUACAGUCGCUGGAGGACAUCAUGGAGUCUGCGGCGAGGGGAGGACUGGCCCGACAACGUUCAGUUUCACAACGCUGACCUCUGCACGGCUUCCUCGCUCCUCGCUGGCCAGGGAUUCCAUGCGAUUGCUCUUGACUUGACGAACCCUCACCUGGUUUUACCCACUGUGAUUCCACAUCUGCACCCUGGAGCUGUAUGUGCUGUCUACCUCGCCAAUAUAACACAGGUCGUUGACCUGCUAGAGGGCAUCCGGUGUUUGGCGCUCCCUUUAUUGUGUGAAUGCAUCAUUGAGGUUCCGAUCCGACACUGGUUGGUGGCCCCAGCCCGACAGAAGAACGGGCGGUACUGCACCAGGAAAGCUCCAAUCCUGGAAGAAGACCACAGUGAGGAGGAGGAGGAGGAGGAGGAGGAGGAACGAGCAGAUCAGACUGAAGAAGAAGAGUUGGCUGCAGAUGAACACCCGGCCUUUGGGGGUGUUCCCUACAUUGCAAGACCUUGCCCUAAACAACUAAGCCACACAGCUUUCCUGGUGAAACUGAGGAAGUUUGUUCAGUAGCUGCUCUGCCUGGAAGGAGUCCUGGACAAAAAUGAAUAUUUG